AUGCGGUUCAAGGACCAUGCAUACCCAGAGGACCACGAGCUCCCCGAUUUCUUGCAGAAACCUCGGCCAGGACUCAUUGUCGACCGGACCUGCGAGGAUUUGGGCCCAGGCACACAUUUGUUCAAUGGCUUGAGGUAUGCCAAGCAACGGGAUGCCUUCGUGAUGAUUGCUGCAGAUGACAUGCGUCUGAGCAAAAACCACAUCGCUCUGCUGCUCGCGACUGCCAAGCGCAGUGAAAGCCAAGGGUCUGCCGUCGCGACUUUGGGUGUCCACUCCUUGCCGGACUUUCGGCCCUGCUUGGAUACGCAUACCUGGACCUCAGGCUGCCUGGGGUAUGUAGAUCUGGGCUUCUCCAUGGGCCCCAUGACAUUGGGCUGGCUUGGCUGCAUAGUGCGGCCCUGGUUCUUCUACCCACAGGACUGGGAACCACCGGACGAUAGCUGGCCCACAGAGUGUUUCAUGCACGACGACCUAUGGCUUUCUGCCACUUUGGCGCAGCGAGGGAUUCGCCGUGCUAGCUACAACCUGGGAUUGCCAGGACGUGCGGAGGAUUUGGAGACCAGCAAAGAUCCCGGACAAGCUUUGUUUCAUCAGAAUCGCUGGAACCUCCAUGUUUGCAAUGAAGCGUUGCUUGCGCGUUUCCCUGGUCUCUGGGAGCCUCGGCCGCGCGUGGUGGCCUUGGCACCGGGUGUCAGCAGCACCUCGUGUCUGGGACAUGUGGACCAGUGGCACCGCAUCCCCAGUCAAGACCGUGGCCUGAGCAUUCAGCAGCUGAGCAGCUUGGUCCAGGCCGCUGGCACCAGCCAGGAGCACUGGGACACCGUCGUGGUGAUCAUUCCGGCCUUCUUCAGGGAAGGUUUUUGCCGGAAGCUUUCGGCCGUGCUGCAAUGCGCUCUGCAAUG